AAGUUCUUCAUACUUCAGACUAACUGUUAAAGUCACACGAGAGGUUUUAGUUGUAGUUGCAGUUAUAAAGCUGUAGUUUUGGCCAGUCUGCAGGUUCAACAUGAAUCCGUCUGGUUAUAACAAACCUGGAAAAACUUUCCUUUUCACAUCCGAGUCUGUAGGACAAGGACAUUCUGAUAAAAUGUGUGAUCAGAUCAGUGAUGCUGUACUGGAUGCUUACCUGGCACAGGACCCGGACUCCAAAGUGGCAUGUGAGUGUGUGUCAAAGACAGGUAUGAUCCUUCUGUGUGGUGAAGUGACAUCGAAGGCUGUCGUGGACAUUCAGAAAGUGGUUAGAGACACUGUCAAGAGUAUCGGAUACGAUGAUUCAUCAAAGGGAUUUGACUACAAGACGUGUAAUGUGCUGGUGUCUCUGCAGCCGCAGUGCUCUGAGAUCAGCGACUGUGUGUUUGAAGGCAGAGACAACGAGGACAUCGGGGCUGGAGAUCAGGGUUUGAUGUUUGGCUACGCCACUGAUGAGACAGAAGAGUGCAUGCCGCUGACCAUCCUGCUAGCACACAAACUCAAUGCCAAAAUGAAGGAGCUCUCAAAGACUGGAGUUUGCCCUUGGAUUCUUCCAGAUUCAAAAACACAGGUGACCGUGGAGUAUCGUGAUAACAUGGGUGCUAUGGAGCCUCUGCGUGUUCAUACGCUCGUCAUCUCAGUUCAGCACAGUCCUGACAUCACGCUGGAGGAGAUACGUCACAGUCUGAAGGAGAAGGUUGUGAAGGCUGUCAUCCCGGCCAGAUAUCUGGAUGACAAGACUAUAUAUCACCUGCUGCCCAGCGGGAAGUUCCUUGCAGGAGGUCCACAAGCAGACGCCGGUCUGACAGGCAGGAAGAUCAUUGUGGACACCUACGGAGGCUGGGGCGGUCACGGCGGCGGGGCGUUCUCCGGCAAAGAUUACUCUAAAGUGGAUCGCUCAGGGGCUUACGCCGCCCGCUGGGUGGCCAAGUCUCUCGUCAGAGCCAAACUGUGUCGCAGAGUUCUGGUUCAGAUCUCAUAUUCGAUUGGUAUCAGUCACCCUUUGUCAGUGUCUGUUUUUCAUUACGGCACAUCAACCAGAGAUGAGGACGAGCUUCUAGAGAUUGUCAAGAACAAUUUUGACCUGAGGCCAGGGGUCAUCGUCAGGGAGCUUGAUCUAAAGAAACCGAUCUACCAGAAAACAGCUUGCUAUGGACACUUCGGACGAGAGGAAUUUCCUUGGGAGAAGCCGAAGAAGCUCAUCUUCUGAUAGACGGAGAAUCAGUUUACAUUCCUUUUGAUUUUUAAUGAUUAUGACUCUACUUAUGCAAAUGCACCUUUACUGUGAUAAAGGCUUUAUAAGAGCUAAAAUUACUUAAUCUAAUACUUUCCUCAAUCUAUACUGCCUUCUUAUCCCUCAUUAGAACCAAGCGUCUUUUGUAUGAAUUAACACUAGAAUUAUUACAUAAUUUAGCUUUUUAUUACCAUUAACGUCACACAUUGAUGACUGUAAACUAAAAUCGUAUGAGAGUAUCUGUCGAAUGAUAUUAAAUUCUUUAAAGUGAA